CAGUGACUUCAGCACAAACUAAAUGCAACAUAGUACGUUAGUAAACAUAAAAUUUCCCAAAAAAAAGGAUAAAAAAUAAUGAAAGUGUCGAGAAAAUGUGAAAUCUGUCGUUUCGUUGGUAUAUUCGACAAAAACAAAAAAUCGCGAGUUGGCCGGAUUAUUUGCACGUUAUGCGACCACUGGAGCAUGGGCAGCCACCUGUGUGUUAUUCUCCUAGGACUCAUAGGGACCGUGAUUACAGCUUUCGACAUUGUCCGCAUCGUGAAUUAUAAAUUUCCGGGGAGGUCUAUCGCUAGGAGAAGGAGUUCUGACGUUGUACCCGCCAAUGUUGAACGGGACCUCAAACUCAUGACUUCGAUACUGGGAAUUGAGCACUAUACACUCAUAAUGCUGGGUGCCAUGACGGGAUAUCCAAUGCUUCAUACACCCUGGCUCCUCAUGCAGCUGUGCGUUAUUGUCGUUGAGAUUGGAGUUUUUAUAAUGCGGCUCAUCUUGGAUGGAUUACACAUCAAGCUCGAUGGCAUCCUUUUAGCUGUUUUUACGGUGCACAAUUGGCUACAGGUCUUUUGUCUAUUUCAUCGGCAAAUUAGAAAUUCAUACCAUUGA